AUGGUGGGCAUCCUCGAAUCGGGCAGUACAGCGUUAAAAGUUAUAGAAGCUGGAGCAAUGAUUGCAUUAAAUAUUUUGUCACUUUUGGGCAACAUCCUUGUUUGUUUGUCAGUUUACAGAAAUAGCAGUCUCCGUACCACAACGAAUCUUUACAUCAUUGCAUUGGCUGUAACUGACUUGAUAGCUGCAACUCUGGUCAUGCCUCCAGCGACUGGAGUUCUUAUCACAGGAAGGUGGCCGUUUGGUGAAACGGCUUGUCAAAUACACGCUUAUUUCAGUCUGUUUGUUGUGUAUGUUUCACCUGUGACCAUGGGUCUUACUGCACUGAACAGGUACAUAAGAAUAUGCAAA